AUGGGAGACACUAAGGCCGUUGUGGUUUCCAUCUCCGCCGUGGCUGGGGAAUCGGAACGCCGGAGAACUUUCUCAACUCUCUCAACGAGCACGACAUCAAGUCUCGUCUCUGUCAAGUCGCGCCGUCCUCCUCACGUCGGAAGCACUCAGAAAGUGAGAGAACUGGUUCGCCUGGCUCUUACUCGGCUCCGAGUUCUCUUGAGUGAGCGCAACGCAGCUCGCAAGCCCAUCUCUCAGAAGGGACUCUUCGCAUACAACUACGUCGAGCCCCUUUUCAACUGGUGGGGUUCCAACUACCGAGUUCUUUUGACGCAGUGCCUCGGUCGUGUUGAGGCCCGCGACGCGUUCGGAUCCGCGACGAAGCUGGUGAAUGGCGCCUCGCACAACUAUGCCGGCUUCUACAAGGCCACCGCCGAGGCCGAGAGGCUCCAGCGUUUGUGUCUUGAGAUGCUGCCCGUCUCCGAGAGCGAAGCCGUUCCCUUCCUUCGAGACGAAACACAUCAAGCCAUCGCCAAAUUUCUCGACGCCGACUUUUGCUUCACCACGAGUACGGGAUAUGGUUCCAAUUACAUCGCACUCCCGGCACUCGUCGACUGCGCUACCAUUGUUAUCAUGGACGAGAACUGCCACAACUCCAUGUUCACGGGUGUCUUUCUCGGCAUCUGUCCCAACCUGUGGAAGUUCAAGCACAACAAUAUGGACCACUUGGAGACGCUCUUGAGUGGAUGUGUUGAUGGUACGGAUAACAUUAUCGUCGCUAUUGAAGGUCUAUACAGUAUGGAAGGUGACGUUCCCCCUCUUGAUGAUAUUCACCGAUUGAAGAAGGAAUACAACUUUACAUUGUACUGCGAUGAGGCCCAUUCGUUUCUGUCUAUUGGCAAGACCGGUCGAGGAUGCCUUGAGUACUGGAACGAUCACCACCCAGAGAGCACCCUCCCUUGGGACCUCAUCGACAUUCGGACCGGAACUCUUUCCAAAGCUGUUGGUGGUAUCGGUGGUAUCAUUGUUGGAACGUCCCAGUUCGAACAGACGAUAAGAGAACGCAUCGAGAACCUCGCCGAGAAGGAGAAUGUCUCCCUCCCAAGCUCUACCAUGGUGCAGACCCUUUGGGUUCUCGGACAACCUGCAAGAAUCAGCCGAAGCUUGCAACGACUCGCCGAGAUAUCUCGCUUCUGUCGUGAGGAGCUGGAGCGCUUCGGUAUCUUCGUCUACGGAGACGUCGGCACUCCGGUACUUCCGGUCUACACCGGCAGGCCUAGCGUAUCAGCCAAGUUGUCCUACGCCCUGCGUGUUGCUGGACUCCUCGCCACGCCUGUCUGCACUCCAGCCGUUCCCUUCUGGGAGAGCAGAGUCCGCAUCAACCUCUCCGCUGACUUCACGGAUGACGAAGUCAACCGACUGAUCGAAGCAGUCAUUCGUGCGGCUGUUAGCGUUGGCAUGUGCAGAUCGCCCGGUACAGUCCGGUUUCUUUUCAAGACGAGUACCGAUUCCUUCACGGUUGAAGAGGACCCAGACGAAGCCGCCAAGUCUUUCGACUGGGUUCGAGGCUUGAUCAAGAUGGACGCCACUGCCAGCCCGACGAGCCUUCAGAGGGAAAGAUUCGACAACACCUGCGGUUCUCAGAUUCUCGAGAUCGGUCACAAGUCCCGGCUGCAGUACGGCAUUGGCGCCGGUGGAGCUCGCUGGAUCUGUGGCACUUUUCCGCCUCACUUGGCCGUGGAGAAUCUCAUCGCCAGAGCAACUGGUAUGGAGGCUGGGCUGACUUACGCGGAUUCCUCCAUAGGACUCGCUUCGACCAUCGCUGCUCUUUCAAGGCCUCUUCUGGGGUACAACCAGCACUACUUGCUCUUUGAGAGGGGCGUGAGCCAGUUUGUUCGUGAUGGACUCGUGAUGGCCCCGAAAAAGGAUGCCACUACGUUGAUGGGCUACAUCGAUUUAUUCCAACUUGUCCAACAGGUCAGAAGGCUUUCACGCACCAAUCAGAGACUUUGCCUUACUGUCUAUGUUCGAGUCGGCGAAGACUCAGCACACCACUUGCUUUCCAACGUCCUGGAUGAGAUUGCCACCAUUACUGGACCCGAAUCUUCCAUGACUAUUCUUCUUCACUGCACCUCUCACUAUUUGAACCCCCGGGAACUCAUCUCAUUCCCUUCCAGGUCAAACAUCCACGUCCUUGUUUGUGGUUCUUUCAACCGCAUCUUCGGGCUGCCGGCGGGCUUCCUCACUGGCCCUGAAAGCCUGAUCAGAGAGUUGCGAUACACCAGUAGAGGGUACAUGUUUACAACUUCGCCACCACCUUUCGUCAUGGACAUGUUGCGCGCGGCAUUGGAGUGGAAUCUGUCAACCGAGUAA